GUACCUGCUCCCCCUCCAACUCUGGCUUUGUAGCGCAGGGGGUUGCGAAAGCCCCAGGACUACAUAAAGCAUUCCCCGCCUGGGCACUGCCACCACCAUCAACACUUGGGCUCUCCAGAGGCUGCAGGUACCGGCACUGUCUGUACAGGAUGGCCCACACGGAGAGAGCUCUGCCCUGGCUGCUGCUGCUGGCGCUGGCCUUGCUGGGCAGCAGCACCGCGGAGCGGGACUGCCGAGUAAGCAGCUUCAAAGUCAAGGAGAACUUCGACAAGAUCAGGUACAGUGGCACCUGGUAUGGUAUGGCAAAAAAAGAUCCUGAGGGCCUAUUUCUGCGGGACAAUGUGGUAGCCCAGUUCACCGUAGAUGAGAACGGACAAAUGAGUGCUACUGCAAAGGGCAGAGUCAGACUCUUCAAUAACUGGGAUGUCUGUGCUGACAUGGUCGGCUCUUUCACUGACACAGAGGAUCCUGCCAAGUUCAAGAUGAAGUAUUGGGGUGUUGCCUCUUUUCUGCAGAAAGGAAAUGAUGAUCACUGGAUAGUGGACACAGAUUAUGAUACAUACGCUCUUCACUACUCCUGCCGCCAACUGAACGCAGACGGCACUUGUGCUAACAGCUAUUCCUUUGUGUUCUCCCGGGACCCCAAGGGAUUGCCUCCAGAGGCACAGAAAAUUGUCAGGCAAAGGCAGAUAGACCUCUGUUUGGACAGAAAAUACAGAGUUAUCGUUCAUAAUGGAUUUUGCUCUUAAGGAGAUCCAAAACUAUGGAAAGAAACCAUGUAACAGCACCACGGAUGUAAAGUUAACACAUUGAUCGGGCGUUCUCUGGAAAAUGUUUCAAAUGGCUUUGUUUAGAUUUGGAAUAUAUUUAUCUGAGCUGUGUAGCUCACCUUGUUAAUAAACCAAUGAAACAUUUUAAUAAACUUAGAUUAGAGGGAAUGAAUAUUGUUUGUAUGCAAAUCUGUACAUAUGUAGACAUUGGUUUUAUUAGUAUACUGUUACUUUAGUGCACUGUUUUGAAUUGUUCUCAGAUGGCAUUAAGAAUUUAAUCCUUGCUUUUUUUUUAGUGGUUUCAAUUUCUGACUGAAAGAGUACUAAUCAUAAAACCCAAAAUACAUGUAUUUUAA